AUGACCGAUUCGAUUGAACUAGGAUGUCCUGGAGAUUUCCACGUCCAUCUCCGAGAUGGCGACAUGAAGAAUUUGGUUACACCUACCAUCAGAGAAGGAGGUGUAUCUGUGGUAUAUGUCAUGCCUAAUUUGGUCCCUCCCUUGAUUGAUCCUGAGGUGGUUCUGGAGUACAAAAAGUCUUUACAGAAGUUGUCCCCCAAGACCACCUUUUUGAUGAGCUUAUAUCUGUCUCCAAAGAUUACUCCCGAAGUAGUUGAGCAGGCCAAAAAGGCUGGAAUCACCGGUAUCAAGUGCUAUCCUGCAGGCGUCACUACAAACUCCGACCACGGAGUGUCGUCAUAUGAACCAUUCUAUCCCACUUUUGCUGCCAUGGAAAAACAUAAUAUGAUUCUCAAUUUACAUGGUGAGUGCCCCUCAGGUCAUGGAAUUCAUGUUUUAAACGCUGAAGAAAAGUUCUUACCUACAUUGAAGGACUUGCACCAACGAUUCCCAAAGCUACGUAUAAUUCUCGAACACUGUACAUCUGAGGCCGCUAUUAAUGCUGUAUUAGAGUGUGGUGAUAACGUGGCUGCCACUAUUACUGCUCACCAUUUGUACUUGAUUGUUGAUAAUUGGGGAGGAAAUGCCCACAAUUUUUGCAAGCCAGUUGCCAAGCUUCCUGCUGAUAGGGAUGCUCUUAUCAAGGCUGCGACAUCGGGAAAUCCUAAAUUUUUCUUUGGUUCUGACUCUGCUCCUCAUCCUGUCAAAAACAAGGCCAAGGCUUCUGGCGCUGCUGCUGGUGUGUUUACCCAGGCUUAUGCCAUCCCUUAUGUUGCCGAGGUAUUUGAACAAGUGGGCAAGCUCGACUACCUAAAAGGUUUCGUGACCGAUUUUGGUAAGAAGUUUUAUGGAAUUUCUGAUGAUGAUCUUGUAGACAAGUCCACUGUCACUCUGGUAAAAUCCACUCAAGUUGUAGAGACAUCGCUUACUAGCGCUGCACUCACCGAUGGCGACGCUGUUAUUCCUUUCCGUGCUGGUGAGAAACUCAAGUGGUCCGUUACUUGGUCCUGA